GCACAUGCACGCCUGGCCGCUGCGAGCUCCUGGGCUCUUACCUGCGGGGGAAUUCACCUUGUCAUUGCCUGGGCUGCCUCCCAGCCGCUACAACAGCAGAAAAGCUGUGUUCUCAAACACCGAAGAGGUCUGGCUUUCUGGGGGUGAUUCUGGGACACUGAAGUGCAAAGAAGAGACACUCCUAGAGAAGUAAAAUAUGACUAAGAGCAAUGGAGAAGAGCCCAGGGUGGGAGGCAGGAUGCAGAGAUUCCAGCAAGGAGUCCGUAAACGCACGCUCUUGGCCAAGAAGAAAGUGCAGAACAUCACAAAGGAGGAUGUUAAAAAUUACCUAUUUCGGAAUGCUUUUGUGCUGCUCACCGUCACUGCGGUCAUUGUGGGUACAAUCCUUGGAUUUGGACUCCGAUCUUACAAAAUGAGCUACCGGGAAGUCAAGUACUUCUCCUUUCCUGGGGAGCUUCUGAUGAGGAUGUUACAGAUGUUGGUGUUGCCACUGAUCAUCUCCAGUCUGGUCACAGGAAUGGCGGCCCUAGACAGGAAGGCGUCGGGGAAGAUGGGCAUGCGAGCUGUAGUCUAUUACAUGACGACCACCAUCAUUGCCGUGGUGAUUGGCAUCAUCAUCGUCAUCAUCAUCCAUCCCGGGAAGGGCACAAAGGAAAACAUGCACAGAGAAGGCAAAAUUAUGCAAGUGACAGCCGCAGACGCCUUCCUGGACUUGAUCAGGAAUAUGUUCCCUCCAAAUCUGGUGGAAGCCUGCUUUAAACAGUUUAAAACCAACUAUGAGAAGAAAAGCUUCAAAGUGCCUGUCCAGUCCAACGAAACGCUCAUUGGCGCUGUGAUAAACAAUGUGUCAGAGGCCAUGGAAACUCUUUCAAGGAUCACAGAGGAAAUGAUCCCAGUUCCAGGCUCUGUGAACGGGAUCAAUGCCCUGGGACUGGUUGUCUUCUCUAUGUGCUUUGGUUUUGUGAUUGGAAACAUGAAGGAGCAGGGACAAGCCCUGAGAGACUUCUUUGAUUCUCUGAAUGAAGCCAUCAUGAGAUUGGUAGCCGUGAUAAUGUGGUACGCCCCUCUGGGCAUCCUCUUCCUGAUCGCAGGGAAGAUCGUGGAGAUGGAGGACAUGGGAGUGAUCGGGGGCCAGCUCGCCAUGUACACCGUCACUGUCAUCAUCGGCUUGCUCAUCCACGCCGUCAUUGUCCUGCCCCUCCUCUACUUCUUGGUAACCCGGAAAAACCCCUGGGUUUUUAUCGGAGGGUUGCUGCAAGCGCUCAUCACAGCCCUAGGCACCUCCUCCAGCUCUGCCACCCUGCCCAUCACCUUCAAGUGCCUGGAAGAGAACAACAACGUGGACAAGCGUGUCACCAGAUUCGUGCUCCCGGUGGGGGCCACGAUUAACAUGGACGGGACCGCCCUCUACGAGGCUUUGGCUGCCAUUUUCAUCGCUCAAGUUAACAACUUUGAGCUGAACUUUGGACAGAUUAUUACAAUCAGCAUCACAGCCACGGCUGCCAGUAUUGGGGCAGCUGGGAUUCCUCAGGCAGGCCUGGUCACCAUGGUCAUCGUGCUGACAUCCGUGGGCCUGCCCACCGACGACAUCACCCUCAUCAUCGCGGUGGACUGGUUCCUGGACCGCCUGCGCACCACCACCAACGUGCUGGGAGACUCCCUGGGCGCCGGCAUCGUGGAGCACUUGUCCCGGCACGAACUGAAGACCCAGGACGUGGAGAUGGGUAACUCCGUGAUCGAGGAGAACGAAAUGAAGAAACCCUACCAGCUGAUUGCCCAGGACAGCGAAACUGAGAAGCCCAUCGACAGUGAAACCAAGAUGUAGACUCGCAGAAUGAAAUGCUUUCCUGAGCACCAGGUGUUUGGAAACCACGACAAAACGUUUCCAUCUUGUUACAACGAUUCUCUCCCCUUUGCCCCUUACCUCCCUCUUCCUCCCAGCUCUGGUAGGAUCUGGAAGUGUGCAUCCAAAACCAAGGGAGGAUUUUGCAGCGGCCAAAAUGUAAUGUUUUCAUCCCACAUUUGAAAGUUUUACGUCAUUUCAUGUUAGUCUUACGGAAUAAGGUACUGAGAUCAAAAAUAGUCUUGAUCAGAUUUUGCAAGUUUAUGUGACACACAAUCCUUUAAAUGUGAUUUUUUUUUAUAUAAGUUAAAGAGUCAAAUAGUAGGCUAAAAACAUGCUUUUAAAUCAACUUUCAAAAUUUAAAAAUCC